CGGGAAUGGGAAUAUUCCCUCGGGAAGUGUUACUAUUUCUCGCUGGGCCGCGCCAGCUGGUUCCGGGCCAAGGCCCAGUGCGAGGAGCUGGGAUCGCACCUCGCCGUCAUCGACAGCUUCGCCGAGCAGAGCUUCAUCAUGUUCCGGACGCGGAACGAGCGGUUCUGGAUCGGCCUCACGGACCGGAAUUCCGAGGGGGAUUGGGAGUGGAUCGACGGCACCGACUACAAAACCACCUUCACGUUCUGGAAGGAGGGGGAGCCCAACAACAGCGGGAACAACGAGGACUGUGCCCACGUCUGGCUCGCCGGGAAGUGGAACGACGUUUACUGCACCUACGAGUGUUACUUCGUGUGCGAGAAGCCCCUGCCCCGCUGAGGGCCGGCGGGAG